AUGUUAUUGAAAAAUAUCAUUAAACGUUCGUUAACAACAACGAAUGCAAAAAGAUUUUUAACGAUUGGAUUGAUACCAGCCGAUGCAAGAAAAGUUUUGGAGGCAAUUUCUACAAUUGAUAAUGGUAGUCCAAAAUUUAAAUUUGUAGAUUUGGAUGCUGGAUUUGAAUAUUUUCAAAAAAACGGGGUAGCACUCCCUGAAAUAACUCUGGAAAUAUUAAAGAAUGAAUGCGAUGGUGCACUUUUUGGUUCUGUCAGUUCUCCAUCGCAUAAAGUCGCAGGUUAUUCAUCACCAAUUGUUGCAUUAAGAAAAAAAUUGGAUCUUUAUGCAAAUGUUAGGCCUGUUGUAUCAGUUAAAUCAAUCAAUGAUAAUGAUCAGCAAAAAUCAAUAGAUAUGUUAAUUGUUAGAGAAAAUACUGAAUGUUUGUAUAUCAAACAAGAAAGACAAGAAAUUGACGAGAAGACAGGAUUAAAGGUGGCAUGGGCAGAUCGAAAGAUAUCAGAAUAUGCAUCGAAAAGAUGCGGUAAAAUUGCAUUUGAAAUGGCUUUGAAACGUGAUGCACUACGUCAACAAAUUCCUAUUGAACAGCGAGUAUGGAAAUCUGAAAGACCCAAAGUAACAAUUGUUCAUAAAUCAAAUGUUUUAAGUAUAACAGAUGGAUUGUGGAGAGAGGUUGUUAGAGGUGUGAAGGAAAAUGAUUCGAGAUACGAUGGUGUUGAUAUGGAUGAACAAUUAGUUGAUUCGAUGGUUUAUCGUCUUUUUCGUGAACCCGACUGUUUUGAUGUAGUGGUUGCUCCUAAUUUAUACGCUGCAGCAUUAGUUGGAAGUUUGGGUGUUGUUCCUAGCGCAAAUGUUGGAGAUGGUUUUGUCAUUGGUGAACCAGUACAUGGUUCUGCACCUGAUAUUGCUGGACAGAAUAAAGCUAACCCAAUAGCAGCAAUUCGUAGUUCGGCAUUGUUAUUAGAACAUAUGGGAUAUCCUAAAGAGGCUUUGAAAAUCUAUAAAGCGGUUGAUAGUGUAUUAAGAGUUGGCGGCGAUUUUCUUACACCGGAUUUAGGUGGUAAAUCAACUACAAAUGAAUUGACUGACAAUAUUAUUAAACAGAUUUAA